AUGUCGGUGGAUAUUAACACUGAACAACUUUCUGAGGAUUAUUGUCUACUCACAGCAGAGCUUAUGCGUGAACAUUCUGCUAUUGUAGAAGAAAUGGAUGCUACGUUUACGGCCUGUGCUGCAUGGGCAUCCGUGGCAGAUACAAUCGAUAGUCUGAGGCAUCGUAACCGGCUCCGCGAUAAGGUCGAGUGGGUUCAGGCACGCUCAGAAGCCGUAUCAUCUAUUCGGUCUGAGAUUGAAAGUUGUCUCGCUAUGAUUCGCAGUCUCUUAAGCGCCAUGGGAAUGUAA